AUGAAGGGAACAGAACGGCUUGGUGAGGUACACGUAAGCACGGCGAAAGUAUACAGACCCAGCUCUACUACACUACGACACGGGACAUCUGUGUCGAAUGAAUGGUAUGACUACUGCCAUAGGACCAUAGCGAUUAGGAUAAGGUUGACUCUGCUCGUGGGCACAACGCAGAUGUGGGUUACAAUCACUCCAAUUCAACAAAUAUGGCUGGAAAUCUACGGAUCUCGUUUCAUCUACGUGGAUGACACUUUCAACCAUACGCAGUUUUCCUUGAGAUUGGCAUCAAUGGCUGUGGCAAAUGAGGUAUUAAGAUCCAACACUGCUGCAAAGAAGUUGCUCUGCACAUUCCAUGUAAUGCAAUCUAUAGAGCGUAAUGCGAAGAGAAUGUGCCAGCGUGCACUUAAUUCAUUGCCAUUCCAUAUGGCAAUUGGAUUACGAGAGGGUAGAUAUCAACUUCACAAACACCAUCGUGCUCACUCCUCAGCUGUGAAAACUUUCAUUACCAAUAGGAGAGCUGUGUAG